AUGGGUAAUGAAGAAAUUUUCCUUAUAGGCUCAAACCUAGUCAAGUUUCCAUUGUCUCUUUUAUAUUCUGUACAACGUUGCAAAAAACCAAGCGGUAUCAGAAAAACCAAACAAUUUAAUCAAAUUGAGAUGAGAUUAAAUUUCUAUUCAAAUGGGGAUGUAUCUACACAUGCUAAAAUUUCUAGUGAAUUACUUAACUUCAACAACAAACGUCUGUUUAUCAAAGAAAUUACAAUCUUAACAUUCCUGUGA